AUGGGGAGGAGACUGCCGACUUUUGCUCCGGCCAGGGCGGCGGCGGGAAGGAAGCGAAAAGGCGCCACCUUGGCAACGCUCGCCGCGUGCAAGCGCCCUGCGCCGGCGCAAGCAAUCGGCGGCUGGGCGUCCCUGCCCACGGACAUAGUUGGCCUCAUCACCUGCCGUAUCCUCGACGGCGACGUGGUAGAUUACAUCUCCUUCCGCGCCGUCUGCUCCGACUGGCGCGCCUGCACGCCCAGGCCGUGCGACCCUACUCUUCGGGAUCCCCGCCUCCGCCCCCGCGACUGGGUCGCGAUCUGCGACGGCGACGCCGUCCGCCCAGACGAUGCCGGACAGAUCGUCUUCUUCCAUACGCGCACGGCCAGGCGUCUCCCCGUCCUCCUCCCGGAGCUCCGGGGCUACAGGAUCGUUGGCUUCACUGACGGCCUCCUCAUCCUGGUGCACAAGCGCACCACCAAGGUCCGCGUGCUGCAUCCGUUCACGCGCGUCGUGGUCGAUCUCCCGUCCCUCGCCCCCGUGUAUCACGAGUUGGUCAGGCAGAAGAAGCUGCUCGACAUGAAUGCAGCAGUAUGCAGCAGCGCAUCCUCUGCGACCUCCAUCGCCGUGGUGGUCUGGUUCCUCUGCACAAAUGUGGUGCUCGCCGCCGACCCAAAUUCAGAUUGGGAGGUCCUCCACCGAGGGCUUCAUGUUCGGAGCACCUUGCCCUUCCAAGGAAGGCUCUAUGCCACCAGCCUGUGUUCAAACAAGAUCCUGCAGCUAUACCCUCCUCCAAGACAAGAAGCCGAGAACUCCGUGGUCGUUGGCCAUGUUCCAUAUUUAGCUGACCGCGUGGAUUGCGAUUUUCUACUCAUAGAGUCUGGUGGAAAGAUGCUGCUCGUCAUCCAGCACCCAGAUCCUGGUACAAAUUCUUUGGACUGGUUGCGGCUACUAGCCUUCAAGCUCUAUGAAGUGGAUGUGAACAGCCACCGCUGUAAGCUUAUCCCGGUGAACAGCUUAGGCGACCGUGCACUGUUUCUCAGCGGCGACCGAUGCCUGUCUGUUUCAGCCAGUGACCUCCCCACCUUGAGCAGCAACUCCAUCUAUUUCAGUCUACCUCAGGACCCCAUUGUGAUGCAUUCGCUGGGGACUGGUUUAUCCGAGCUGUUAGCAGAGUCCUGCCAAAUACAUGACAGGAAGGAUAGGAUCCGCCCAUCUGUACGCCCCUUCACCAUUGCUGAUCAUCUUAUCACCUACUGCAAUCCUCGUGAGUGGUCUAAAGGACUCAUGUUCCAUGAGUACCAAUACAUACCUCAAUCGUUCAAGGAACUGCUUAAGAACAUCAAGGCACAAAACGCGCAG